CGGCUCUACUUUUCCUCCGUGGCGCAGAGUGGUAAGCGGUGGUAACGCAACCGAAGCUCUGCUCACGGCCAGAGUUCGAUUCCAACGGAAGGAGAAAGUCGAAUCUCCGGUAAAAGGGGUUGAGGUCCACUCAGCCUUCCAUCCAUCCGUGGUCAGUAAAAUGAGUACCCGGCAUAUGCUGGGGGGUAAAGGAAGGCCGGGGACGGAACUGGCAAUCCCACCCCAUAUAUACGGUCUGCCUAGUAAACGUCGCAAGACGUCACCCUAAGAGUCGGAAACGACUCGCACAAGUGCGGGGACACCUUUACCUUUCACCACUUUUCCUUCGCUUUUUUUUUUUUUUGAAAGAAAAAUAGGUGGGCGGAGCAACUCAAAAGAAAGCCGCCCAUCUUUUUUCUUUGCUCGUGGCCGCCGCCUCUGCUGAGACCAAGAGCGAGACAAUUAGGGGGACAUGCCCGAAAAAAGGUUGCUUGCAAUGGUGAACGAGUCCUUCGGCUCCGGCAACGGGGCCACUGUCAUCGGCAAUGGAGUUGCCCUCACUCGGUCUGACGGCAGCAGCGGCAGCGAGAGCUCGAAGGACAGCUCGCGAUGUUCCACCCCCAUCCUAGACGCCGAGCGGCACGACCGCCUGUGGGAGAAGAUGCGGCGGCGGCAGGACUCCGGGGACAAGUGGUUCUCCCUGGAGUUCUUCCCUCCGCGGACAUCCAACGGGGCUGUCAACCUCAUCUCCAGGUUUGACCGCAUGGGGGCAGGCGGCCCACUCUUCAUCGACGUCACCUGGCACCCAGCUGGAGACCCGGGCUCCGACAAGGAAACCUCCUCCAUGAUGAUGGCAAGCACGGCACUCAACUACUGUGGCCUGGACACCAUCCUCCACAUGACCUGCUGCAACCAGACCAAGGAGACAAUCACGGCACACUUGCAGAAGGCUAAGCGGCUUGGUCUCAAGAAUGUCAUGGCGUUGCGGGGAGAUCCCAUUGGUGAAGAGUGGCAAGAGGAAGUCGAGGGUUUCAACUACGCUGUUGACUUGGUGAAGCACAUCCGCUGCGAGUUCGAGGAUUACUUUGACAUCUGCGUGGCAGGUUACCCCAAGGGACACCCUGAGGCAGAGAGCUAUGAAGAGGACUUGAAGCACCUGAAGGAGAAAGUUUCGGCAGGAGCCGACUUUGUCAUAACACAGCUUUUCUUUCGGUCGGAGACCUUCCUCAAAUUCUUGCAGGACUGCCAGGCCAUUGGCAUCACCUGUCCUGUCGUGCCGGGGAUUUUCCCAAUACAGGGCUACCAUUCCCUGCGCCAACUUGUUAAGCUCUCAAAGCUGGAGGUGCCCCAGGAGAUCAAAGACAUCAUCGAGCCCAUCAAGGACAACGAUGCGGCCAUCCGCAACUACGGCAUUGAGCUGGCGGUCACCAUGUGCCGGGAGCUGCUGGACAGCGGCCUGGUCCACGGCCUGCAUUUCUACACCCUGAACCGGGAAGUGGCAACCAUGGAAGUGCUCAGGCGUCUGGGCCUUUGGAAAGAGGACCCUAGGCGCCCCCUGCCAUGGGCAGUCAGUGCUCACCCAAAACGGCGAGUUGAAGAUGUUCGACCCAUUUUCUGGGCCUCCAGACCGAAGAGCUACAUCUACCGAACUCAGGAAUGGGAUGAGUUUCCCAACGGCCGCUGGGGUAACUCAUCCUCACCAGCCUUUGGGGAGCUGAAAGACUACUACCUGUUCUACCUGAAGAGCAAAUCUCCCAGGGAUGAGCUCCUGAAGAUGUGGGGUGAGGAGCUGACCAGUGAGGAAAGCGUAUUCGAGGUGUUCAGGUGUUAUAUCGCCGGAGAGGCCAACAAAGACCGGCACAAGGUGACCUGCCUGCCUUGGAACGACGACCCCCUGGCGGCGGAGACCAACCUCAUGAAAGCGGAGCUGGCCAAGGUGAACCGGAGGGGGAUCCUGACUAUCAACUCCCAGCCAAACAUCAACGGCAAGCCUUCCACCGACCCAAUUGUGGGCUGGGGGCCCGACGGAGGCUACGUCUUCCAGAAGGCUUACCUAGAGUUCUUCACUUCCAGCGAGAACGUCAGAGCGCUCCAGACAGUACUGAAGAAAUACGGUGAGCGUGUGAACUACCACAUCGUCAAUGUCAAGGGUGAAAACAUCACCAACGCUCAUGACAUGCAGCCAAAUGCCGUGACGUGGGGAAUCUUCCCUGGCAGAGAGAUCAUUCAGCCGACGGUUGUGGAUCCAGUUAGCUUCAUGUACUGGAAGGAUGAGGCCUUUGCCCUCUGGAUCGAGCAGUGGGCCAAACUCUACGAAGAGGAGUCUCCUUCCCGCAUGAUCAUCCAGUACAUCCACGACAACUACUUCCUCGUCAAUCUGGUGGACAACGACUUCCCUCUCGACAGCUGCCUCUGGCAGGUCUUGGAAGACAUGCACGAGCUCUUGAACUGUCCAGAGGAGCCGUGAAGGGUUGCCCCCUGCCCCAGCAAGUACGGCCAGAAAUAGUCAAAACCUUUGUGAUGUGAAGUUGGAACUGCAGCGGCCCAGACACUCCUCAAGAGGGCGCCUCUGGCUGCACUUUCCCAUCGCCUUCCUGCGGGUGGCUAGUUCGCCAUCCACACACGGGCGCUCUCCCUUCCGAUCCAAAAUACUGAGGAUCCUCUUGAGCCACCCCCCUUUUUUUUGUGGUUACAAGUCCUUUCCCUUUCACUGAGACUAAUGGCAGCUAGAAAUCUUAAUGCCCUCCUCUUUCUGGCUGUUCCCCCAUCCCGCCCCUUCUUCCCAGGUUGCACUCUAAAAAAAAAAAAAGUAUUCAGCUGCUGCUUCAGUGCGACACCUUCUGAUCAGCUAUUGAUGUGAUUGAUAGCUUCACAGUCCCUAAUUUGGAACUGUCCAUUAUGCCCAGGGCAUUCCAAGUUGUAAAAAAGGAGGGUAGCCACCUCUGGCAGCGGUACAGCUGCCUUCCUUGGGCAAGGAGGGACUAUGUGUGCUUGGUUAACUAUUUAUUUUUAUUUUAUUUUAAGAUGCAGGAUCAUGGAACUGUCCUGCAUUUUUUCGUUUUCUCUUGGGAGAGAGAUCAGAUAUUUAAACAUUUGUAAAGGAAGGUAAGGAAGGAAACAAACUAAAUGAAAUAUAAUUGACGCCCGCAUGAGGUUUUUUUAUGUAUUUAAAUUAAAGGACUCUCUAGGGAGUCAUGUUAUA